GAGCAACAGGCAACCGCAAAACCCAACGCCCAAAUAAAUUGAGCAGGUCAGAACCAGAUAAAAAUACAAUCAAAAUGCAAGGAGUACGAUUCGGUGUUGUUUGUGUGCUGCUGUUGGCUGUGGGCGUCUCCUGUCGCUCGGUGGUGCGUCGCGACGUCUCCCAUCUGCCGCUGGAGUAUCUGCCGCCCGUGGUGCUGCCGCCAGUGCCCAGUCGGGAUUACCUGCCGCCUGUUGAGGAACAUGCUGCGACCCUGAACCAUGUGCUGCAGCCACCGCGUGACUACCUGCCGCCCGUGAACAACGAAUAUCUUCCCCCUGUGGUGGAGGAGCAAGAGGAGCUGCAAGAGGAACCCAUAGCCACAACAGAGGAGGAGAUCGCUGUGGAGACCACCGCUGCACCCACCACAGAGGCCGUGACUGAAGCCCAAACCGAAGCGGAGCCCGAACCGGAGGCAGAGAUCGUCACGGAACCCGUGGAGGUGAAGAGCCUGGAACAUAUCGAAGAGCUGCUGCCCAAGGAGCAGGUGGAGUCGGCCGUGCUCCUGGACGAUGGCUACCACUAUCGCAAGCCCCAAGUGGUGCCUAAUCUCCUGCCCGUGCAGGAGUACCUGCCCCCCCUCGAUGAUAAUGCAGUGGUCGAGGAGAUUCCCGAGCACGAGGAGGACUCCUCCGCCCUGCUGGACGAUGGCUAUCACUAUCGUACGGUUAAGCGUCUGCGCUUCUAGUCUGUUCUUUCCUUCUAUUCGUUUCGCGUAUG